UGAAUAUGCUCACACUCUUUCUGAAUUAUUACUUUUCGAAAAGGCAAUACCUUAAUAUGAACUUGCCCUUUCUUUGUAUCCUUAAUUUGAAGACUUAAAAAGUACAUCAGAACGUAUAGAUUUAUCGAAUACAUAUAUAGGAUUAGCAAGGGCAUACACACAAACUAAAAAUUUCGAAGAAGCCCAUUCUAUAUUAAAUAAAGUAAAGGAAGAAAAUUAGGGCAGGAUUUAAAUAGAAAGGGCUAUGAUUUAUAUAGAAUAAAAAAACAACACUGAAGAUAUUUAAGCAAAGAAAAAAUUAUAAGAAACUGCUUAAUAAAUAUUAUUAUAGGUUGGUUAAAAUUAAAUAUAUAAUCAAAAAAUCAGAUAAGAAGCUUAUUUUAAAUUAGGACUAAUUUCUCAAUCGAUAAAAGAAUAAUUAGAAAAUUACAAAAAAGCAGAUCAAAAUAGCCCUUAAGUACUUUUUAAUAUUGGUAAUUGUUUCUUAAAAAUGCAAGAAUACCCAAAUGCAGCCGAAUAUUACUUAGAAGCCUUAGAAAAAAGCCCCAAGAGGCCAAUUAUAGGUUUAAUUAUGCCAAAACAUUCGAAUUAAACGAAGACUAUGAGGACGCUAUAAAGGAAUACGAAGAGACUUUAAAAAUGGAAAAAAUAACGGAUUAAUGUAAAAAUAAAUGUCUUUUUUCUAUAGGAAAUUGUCUUCUUUAAUAAAAAAAAUAUAAAUAAGCUGUUUCUAAAUAUGAGGAGAGUUUACAAAUAUAAAACUCUGAUGAAAAUUAGGCUUUAAUUUUUUUCAAUAAAGGAAUGGCUUUUUACCAAUAAAACCUUUUUGAAGAAGCCUAAAAAGCUUACUAAGAAUCCUUAGGGAAAAACCCUGGGCUAAAAAGUGCUCUUUUUUAAUUAGGAAAUAUACUUAUGGACAAAAAAGACUAUUAAUAGGCUUUAGAAAAGCUAAAUGUAUGUUUUGAAGACAAUUUUAAUGAAAAAAAUAAAUAAUAUAAUGCCCUUGUAUAUUCCAGUAUUGGGUUUUGUUAUUAUUAGAUGAAGAAUUUAAAUGAGAGUGAAUAAAAUUUCGAAAAAGCAAUACUUUUAGACGAAAAAAAUCACCAAAUAUUUUGCAAUUUUGGCGUUUUGAAAAUUUAGAAAAACCGUCCAGAAGAAGCUUUAUAAUUAUUUCAGAAGGCGUAAAAAGCAUUGAAUAAUUUCUAUUAUAUAAGUCCUGAAUAAAAAUCUAAUAAUAUGUAAAGUAUAUGUGCUUUAAUAAGAAUAGCUAAAAUGUAA